UUCAAUGGACUGAAGAACUGAGAAUUAUUUUGGUGAAUGGAUUCCAAUAUAGGGAAUAAGAGUACGCUGAAGAUUUGACCCGUUUUGAAGAACCAUAACAGUCCAUUUGUCUAAUCGGUAACAACGAAGGAUAAAAAAUGAAUUCAACUCUGUUCUCCCAGGUUGAAAAUCACUCAUUUCAGUAUAAUGCCUCGGAGAAUUCUCCACUUCUGGCUUUUGAAAAUGACGACUGUCACCUGCCCUUGGCUGUGAUAUUCACCUUAGCUCUUGCUUAUGGGGCUGUGAUUAUUCUGGGGGUCUCCGGAAACCUGGCAUUGAUCAUAAUCAUCCUGAAACAGAAAGAGAUGAGAAAUGUCACCAACAUUCUGAUCGUGAACCUCUCCUUCUCAGACUUGCUAGUUGCGGUUAUGUGUCUCCCGUUCACUUUCGUAUACACGCUGAUGGACCACUGGGUCUUCGGGGAGACCAUGUGCAAGCUGAAUCCCUUUGUACAAUGUGUCUCCAUCACAGUAUCCAUUUUCUCGCUGGUUCUCAUUGCUGUGGAGCGGCAUCAGCUAAUCAUCAACCCAAGAGGGUGGAGACCAAACAACAGACACGCUUACAUAGGCAUUACUGUCAUUUGGGUCCUUGCAGUGGCUUCUUCUCUGCCCUUCGUGAUCUAUCAAGUUCUGACCGACGAGCCCUUCCAAAAUGUAUCCCUUGCGGCGUUCAAGGACAAGUAUGUGUGCUUUGACAAAUUCCCGUCAGACUCUCACAGGCUGUCUUACACGACUCUCCUUCUGGUGCUGCAGUAUUUCGGCCCACUCUGCUUCAUAUUCAUAUGCUACUUCAAGAUAUACAUUCGCUUGAAAAGGAGAAACAACAUGAUGGACAAGAUCAGGGACAGUAAGUACCGGUCCAGUGAGACCAAACGAAUCAACAUCAUGCUGCUCUCCAUUGUAGUCGCCUUUGCGGUCUGCUGGCUGCCCCUGACCAUCUUCAACACUGUGUUCGACUGGAACCACCAGAUCAUUGCCACCUGCAACCACAAUCUGCUGUUCCUGCUCUGCCACCUCACGGCCAUGAUCUCCACCUGUGUCAACCCCAUCUUUUAUGGAUUCCUGAACAAAAAUUUCCAGAGGGACUUGCAGUUCUUCUUCAACUUCUGUGACUUCCGGUCUCGAGACGACGACUACGAGACCAUAGCCAUGUCUACCAUGCAUACGGAUGUGUCCAAGACUUCUCUGAAGCAGGCAAGCCCAGUCGCAUUUAAAAAAAUCAGCAUGAACGACAAUGAAAAAGUCUGAAGCCGCUCAGAACAUAAGGUCCCAGACUAUGUCUGUGGAAAAACAAGCACAGCCCGCCGCAUGCUUUCUUUACCUGUGCUCCCAGGAAACGGAAUGAAGCAGGUUUGGAGAGUCCAGGACAUCCUGUGUUGGGUUUUACUGCUUUUAUGAUGGUUGCCAUGAUUACUUAGCAAUCCAGAUUACUUUGUAAUCUAUCUCUGACAACAGUUUUGACUAGACUUCCUGUGUGUGUGUGUGUGUGUGUGUGUGUCUGUCUGUCUGUCUGUC